UACAUACAUGUAUUUAGAUCCAUCAAUGCAUCAAUUAUGUACAGUUAGGUACAUACCCACUUGACUCGCCUGUGCAUAAUUGCGUGCAUGCAUUGUCCUUUUAACAAGUACUAUAUGUACCUGGGUAUGGUUUAGGUUCACCGAAUUUCGGGGCCUGAAGCGGUAUUCUAGGUAUUCUUCAGGUAUUCUAUUAUUUUUUACUUACCCCUCAGCCCCUCUACGGCGCCCUUCACCUGCCCCACUAACAAAGGGCGUAGGAAAUAAUUCUAGUGAUAUCUAGUAUAUAUACCUAGGUAUACUAGACCUAGCCAUUGAAGACGGAUAUUUACUCGAUAUCGUGUCAAAUACUCCUACACUUCGUUCUUGAAUUGGUACUCAACAAUGGCACCGGCAGCACCUUGUCAAGUUCGACAUGCUCGUCGAGAAGAUGUACCGACAAUCCUCCAACUAAUUCGAGAAUUGGCUGAUUACGAGCACGAACUCGAUGCCGUUGAAGCAACCGAUGCUACACUUCUCUCUACUAUAGCCUUCGCUCCCGAGAACGUCGAAUCGAUUUCCACUGCCCCUAAUACUGAGCCUACCUCACCAUCGCGACCUGCACGAUGCCUUCUCCUAUUCAACGAAGAAGGCAAGCCAGCCGGUAUGGCUUUGUAUUUCUACAACUAUAGCACAUGGAGAGCCAAAGCAGGUAUCUACCUCGAAGAUUUAUUUGUACGACCUACAGACCGUAAAAAGGGUUAUGGCAAGAAGUUAUUGUCUGAGCUGGCGAAGGAGGUCGUCGCAACAAAUGGUGGUAGACUGGAGUGGAGUGUACUCAAGUGGAAUGAGCCUAGUAUCAAGUUCUACGAAUCCAUAGGAGCUAAGGCCAUGAAUGAAUGGGUUGGUAUGCGGGUUGAUCGCGAAGGCUUAACCAAGUUGGCUAGUUUGUUAGAUUAACAGACUCGUUGAAGAUGACUUGCCCUGACCCAUAUCACUGAUAUUUGAUGGUGGUGUAGAGG